AUGCGCAUCAAGUUACGAGAAUACCUUAAGAGUCAAAGAAAAUUUAGCCGACCACAGAACACGUUCUGUUCGCAACAGAGAGAGGUUGUCGUAUCGUCUUGUAGAGGAAACCAAUAUUACUCAUUGGUGGCACUUGGUGAUUAUUACUUUGUGGUGAAUUUAAUUAUUGGAGGUGUAUUCAUAAUAAUGAUUAUGAAUACUUUUUCUUCUAAUCAACAACCCUCUAUACCAUUAUAUGUACAAGCUAUCAUUAUUGAUAGAUUGAUCGUUUACACCAACGCUCAUGUUUGUAGUCGAACAAUAUCAAAUGGUUUUGAAGAGAGGAUGCGUGCUCCAUUCUAUGAUGGGAAUUGUCACUAUAGUUUGAGUCAAAACACACACUCUUCAUUAAGAUCAGACAGCGAGAUAUGUCGAUUGUUGUAUAGAGGUGAGUUGGAAGAUUUCAAGCAUCGCGGCCACGCUUAUCUGAUCGACUUGGCAUUGGUCUCGAGAUGGUGGUUUCAAGUGGUCAGAAGAACAAGGAGAGAGUUGACCAUUAUAGGAAGGUUCGAAAAGGACGUCUUUCUACCUCUUCAACAACAGUAUUCUAUUCACCACACUUGCAACAUUCAAAAGAUACAUUGGAGAACGUUAUUGGAUAAUAUCGAUUCUGACUAUGAUAUGGAAGCCGACAGAUUACAGUUGAUUACAAAGAGAUCAUUGAUCAAUUACCACAACUAG